AUGAGUGCAACUUGGGUAACACUUACUUUGUACUUUAUGAUCACUUAUCUAGCAUGUGAAGUACGAGGGGACACGUGCGACACAUACAAUCAUCCACAAUAUGGUAUCGGCCAAUGUACUGAGCAAAGUCAAUGUCCGAAUGAACUGUAUUUAACUGGUUUAUGUGAAUCACAACCGACUAAUAUUCAAUGCUGUUUUUCAUCAGAAACACGUCAUGAAGAAUUUCGAGCUAUUUGGAUAGCAACUGUGAAUAAUAUCGACUGGCCAUCGUCGAAAACAGCUACACCAGCUGCACAACAGGCCGAAUUGAUCAAUAUUCUGAAUACAGUACAACGACUAAAUAUGAAUGCUGUCAUCUUCCAAGUUCGUCCGGCUGGAGAUGCUCUCUAUGCAUCUACACUUGAACCGUGGAGUUUCUACUUGACCGGUACACAUGGCGCUGCACCUACGCCGUUCUGGGAUCCACUAGCAUUCAUCACUACCGAAGCACACAAACGAAACAUUGAAGUUCAUGCUUGGCUUAACCCAUAUCGGGCACGUAUGACCGGUGCUACCUAUGAAUUAGCUUCGAACCAUAUGGGCAAAAUUUUUUCAAAAUAUGCGUAUCCAUAUGCAAAUCACAUAUGGAUGGAUCCAGGUUCAGUCGAAGUUCAACAAUUUACAGUAAACGUUACCGAAGAUAUAGUUCGACGAUAUGCUGUCGAUGGCAUUCACAUCGAUGAUUACUUUUAUCCAUACAGUGAUGGCACUGAGUUUCCAGAUGAUGCCACAUAUGCUGCUUAUCAAGCACAAGGUGGUACUCUGGACAAAGCUGACUGGCGUCGUUCAAACGUGAAUACACUCAUACAAACAAUGUACACGAGAAUGCAUGUCGUCCGACCAAAGAUAAAAUUCGGUAUUUCACCGUUCGGAAUCUGGAAGAGUGGUGUACCAGCUGGUAUAAGUGGUCUUUCAUCAUAUGAUAGUUUAUAUUGUGAUAGUCGAAUGUGGUUAGAACAAGGACUAGUUGAUUAUAUGGCGCCCCAGUUAUACUGGCAGAUCGAUCCCCCAGCUCAAUCGUAUCCAGUUUUGCUCGAUUGGUGGAUAAAACAAUCGGCGAAAGGUCGUCAUGUCUACGCCGGAAACGCUGCCUAUAAGAUGGCUCAAGGUUCUAAUCAAUGGCAAGUGAGUGAAAUCGCCCGUCAAAUCAAUGUGACUCGUUCCAUGCGUGACCGAUUCGCCCUGGGUAAUAUUUAUUUUUCUACUAAAGAAAUCAUGAACAACGUCAAAGGUAUUCAAACAGUACUUGCUGACUAUUACAAACAAAAAGCUACUAUCCCGAAAAUGCCCUGGCUUUAG